GGUAAAUAUAACCAAAAAAAAAUGUCGUCAUCGUAUUCGAGCUAUACAAACUCACCGUGUGCGGCAUGCAAGUUCCUCCGCCGGAAAUGCACUUCAGACUGCGUAUUCGCACCAUAUUUUCCGCCAGAGGAACCUACAAAGUUUGCGAACGUCCACCGGAUAUUCGGGGCAAGCAACGUGAGCAAGAUCCUCCAGGAGGUGGCGCCACAUCAACGAGAAGACGCAGUGAACUCGCUUGCUUACGAAGCGGAAGCAAGGCUAAGAGAUCCGGUUUAUGGUUGCGUUGGGGCCAUCUCGGUGCUCCAAAGACAGGUCUUGGGGCUGCAAAGGGAACUAGAGGAGACUAAUGCUGAUAUCAUGAGGUACGCUAGUUGCCUUGGUGGUGAAACAUCGUCGGUUUAUGGAGCCCGGAGAGGUUGACUGGUCAACGAGAAAUCUUCGAAUAUAUGUUGAUGAGAACAUCCGUCCAUGUAUAUGUGUAUGCUUAUUUGUAAUAUGCAUAUGCGUAUGUAUAAUUUAAACUGUAUUUUAUUUUACAUGGGAGGUCAAAGGAUAUUUGUGAAUAUGCCAAACAAGCAAAUAUAGUAACUGAUGUAUAUGUGGUUGUGUUUGCUUAA